AUGCUCACAUCCGGCCUCACCAAUACCCCGCUCACCAAGUCCCUCCUUGUCUACUCCAUCACGUCAUCAAUCGCGCUCUCCCUUUUCGACAUCAAGCACCUGGCCACCAUCCAUGUCUCUCCACACUUCUGGCCCUACGCGCAGUUCUGGCGUGCGCUAGUCUGGCAAGUCGCCGGCUUUUCCAAUUCCACCGAGGCCCUCUUCGCCGCCAUGCUGGUGUAUCACUUGAGAGUCGUGGAGCGCGCUUGGGGAAAACGGAAGAUGGCUACAUUCCUUCUCACCACGCUGCCUUACACAACACUCCUUCCACCCCUCCUCCUCUCCCUCGUCGUCAGACCUCUCUCUCUAAACACCCUCAAUUACCUCCCCUCCGGCCCUACGGCAACUGUCUUCGCCCUGCUGGCACAAUACUACGCGACAAUCCCACACACCUUCCGCUACCGCAUCGGGACGACAUCCCCACCCCGUGCCAAUAACAGCAACAACAACAACACAAACACCCCGAAACCCGAACCAACAAGCCUCACCCUCCUCCUCUCCGACAAAUCAACCACUUACCUAGUAGCUGCGCAGCUCGCGCUUUCGCAGUUUCCCGCCAUGCUUAUCCCAUCCGUGGUGGGCUGGGUUGUCGGCGUUGCGUGGCGCGCGGAGCUCCUGCCGGGCCUCUCGCCUUCUAGCCACGGGUUCCGAGUUCCGGCUUGGUUGGUUGGCGAGAGGGAGAGACGAGGUGUUGCGAAUGGUGGGAGUAGUGCGGAGCGGGAACGGUAUGAGGAUUUGAGGAGGAGGUUGGAGGGAGAGGUUGCGGCUUCUACUUCUGUGGAUGGUGGGCAGAGACGGAGUGGGAGUGGGGAGGAGAGUAGUGGGCUCAUGGAGAGAUUGAGAGGUGCAUUUUAA